AUAGAUGGCCUAACUGGUUUUAUCAAAUUUGACGAGGACGGCCACCGUAGCAACUUUACACUUCGGAUUGUGGAAAUGACUGCUGGUUCUAAAUCUGAAACGGUUGGAACGUGGUACGACGAUAAAGGGUUAGAAGCACCGAACGAAAUUGGCUGGGUUGGUCCGUCUGAACGAAACAAGACUUACAUAAUAAUAAGUGUUCAAGAGAAGCCCUAUAUUAUGCCGUUAGUUGAUAAUCGCUCUAAGAAAAAAUGGAAAGGAUUUUCUGUGGACCUUGCUGAAAUGGUUAUGAAAAAGAUGGGACUGAAAUAUGAACUUCGUUUGGUAAAAGAUGGUAAAUUUGGUCAUGAAAAUCCUGAAGUUACUGGUGGCUGGGAUGGUAUCAUCGGAGAGUUGAUAAGAAAGGAAGCAGACCUAUCAAUAUCAUCUCUAACUGUAAGUGUGCAGAGAGAGGAGGUGAUUGAAUUUAGCCGAACCUUCCUCUCGUUUGAAACUGUGACUGACGACGUACCACUUCGUUUUGACUCAAUCUUUAGCUUUUUUCAACCAUUGUCUAAGGAGAUAUGGUAUUCAAUAUUUGGAAGUAUGCUGGCUGUAAGCUUUUCCCUGUAUAUUGUAUCGAAGUGUUCCUCUUCUGAAUACGAGCUACAUGUAAGAACGAACGACUUUACUCAAUCCUCAGAUGUCAAGACGGUCAAGGCGAACGUCGAGAACACAUUUACAUUAUGGAAUGCCAUUUGGUUUUCUUUGGGUUCCUUUAUGCAGCAGACAAGCGGUUACACACCGAGGUCCCUUUCGGGAAGGAUUGUCAGUGGUGUAUGGUGGUUUUUGGCACUAUUCGUAAUGAUAAUAUACACGGCAAAUUUGACUACACAUCUAACUAUUUCCCAACUCAAUCCGCCACUAUACUCGGUGCACCGACUGCACAAAUGUCCUGCAGAAACCAACAAACCGUGUGAUAUGCUGAUAUCCGUAAUGGAGACUGGACUAAAAGAUUUUGCGGUAGCGUUCCCUAAAGGAUCACCCUUACGGGAGGGUGUUAAUUUGGCGCUUCUAAAAUUAAGAAAUGAAGGCGAACUCUACAGGCUUAUACGCAAAUGGUUUAUGCCGCUGUCUUGCAUAAAUAAGAGCUAGAAGACAGGCAGUAGCUCUAGGCAGAAGAUGAGUAGAUGCUACCAAUGGGAAGUCACUCC